AUGUCAAUGGAUUGGCCUGCAGAUGAUGAAGCUGGACACGAGCCGGAAAAAAAUGAGAAGUAUGCUCGAUUAGAGAAGGAGAUUAUUUCCCUUCGAAAGAAGUUAGUGGAAGAACGAAAAAGAAAUCAGAAUUUGCAAGACGUUGCGGUCAAAGGAAUGGGUCAAACUAUCUUUGGAUUCUCAACUUUCAAAUCUGUGCUAAACCUGUUAUAUACGGUGUUUCCAUUUACCCCCUAUCGAUGCAGAAAAAUUGCUGAAGAAAGCGUACUGCAGCUGUACCAGUCAGCAGCAAAAGGCACCACGUGCUGCAACACCAGUGCCAUCUCCAGUAGCACCAGCAGUAGCAGCACCAACACCCCCGCCACCACCACCAGCAGUGCUGUUAGUAGAUGCGCAGCAGACACCACUACCACCAGCUCACCAGCUCUGAUGCCAGUGACGCCACAAGGAGCUCAGCACUGUUCCGAAGCUGAGACUACCCAGAAAGAUCUUAGGAAUGGAAUCAAAAUCUCCCAAGAAAAGUGGCUCUUCCUCAUGGCGCAGCCAAAAAAUACCCUUUUUGUGAGGGACACAGCCAAGGCGGUAUGGGGGAUCCAAAAUCUCUACAAUAGGAGCAUCACGGGCACCCCGUGUCGCCGCUUUCUUCACAAGGAAGAUGGUGGGCCACCAAGCGUUGAAAAACAAGCGUUGACGCCUAGGAAGCUGGAUGCCCUGAGGAAUGCAUACGAGGAACACCUGAAGGUGCAUGAAAGCCAGCUACCAGACGCUCAGCGUCGCCGGAAUAUGAACGGGCAUCUGGCAGAUUUGUUGAAAGUUCUGAAGAAAUGAGCUGGAAGAAGCAUGCGGGGGGGGGGGGUACCCUCUGCUUUUCCCGGCAAACCAGUCGGAGCGGUCGCCGCCUGACACUACAGGUGACAUCAAAGCAGCAACCGUACCAGCAAGAAAACUGUUUUUUAUAAAUUGUUCAUU